UUGUUGUAGCUCUUUAUUUAUUUCCAGUGCGAGCUGUGUACAAAUAGUGGCAGUUUGAACUUAAUCGGUUGAUCGGUUGCUAUUGAAAACAAAAGCGAUCGGCCAGUGAUCUCAUUUACAAACACCUCGAUACAUGUACAAAGCGCUUCAGUAUAGAAAUGAAAUUAUUGGGAGCGAUGACUUGGUUUAGUAUUACGCUUGGAGCUGUGGUUGGUGGCAUUACAUUUUGGUUGGCUUGUCGCAAGCGCCUUGGUAAACGUAGAGAACAGCCCAGCCCCGAUGAGUGGCAAUCUCUUGGUACACUAAGAGUAAUCAAUUUCUAUCCCAUCAAGGGUGGUGCGUCGAUACAGCUCCAGCAAGUGGAAUGUUCAGAGUUUGGGUUGCAUGUGAAUGGUUUGUGGGAACGUUGCCUUUUAGCAUACGAUGAGUGUGGUGCAAUCGUAUUUGCUGGCUCCUACCCACGUAUGUUGAGUAUUCAACCAGUGAUUGUGGGUGAAAAGGUGUUGCGUUUGGAAGCUCCUAAUAUGCCGCCGCUAACCGUAGACUUGAAUGAAUUGCUGCGGCAACCGUAUGCGGUGGUGGAAAAACGUAAAAAUGGCAAUUUUAAACGUUUGGUCGAAUGCCGAGCUGAGCACAGUGAAUGGUUGUCGCGUGCGGUAUUGCAGCGUGUGCAGGGCUUACGGCUUUAUGUCAAAUUGAGGCCCCGUCAGGGAGAGGCGUUGGACAUCUUCCCGGUCAUGGUGCUGCAUGAACGUUCAGUGCAAGAUUUGAAUGAGCGGCUAAGUGGAAGAACGGAGUCGGUAGACUGUCAACAAUUUCGUGGAAAUCUCGUUGUCGACAGCAAUGCAAAUGUGCCAACAUAUGAUGAAGAUCAUUGGCUUUGGCUGAAAAUUGGCAACAAUGCUGUAAGUUCAACGAUUAUGUGUUACAACUCAGACUGUUUGCGUUGUAUUUUGGUAAAUGUGAACGUGCAUGAUUAUACGAGAAGUCCGGAUUUCGAGCCACUGAGAGAGUUGAAGAAGUAUCGUCUGCGUAUGAAUCCAAAAGAACCGUCCAUGGGUGUCUAUUUUGAUGUCUACAAAAGUGGUUUGUUCAAAGUUGGCGAUCAAAUAUAUGUUCAGUAUAAGUAAAUAAAUCAGUUAUCGCUUAAUCCGAUCCAAUUGAA